GCCGCAGCGCAGCGACGAAGCGUCGUCGUGAAUGCGGGCACGGGUAAAUUUAUCGUCGGCGGGAACUGGAAGUGCAACGGCACGGCGGAGUCCGUCAAGUCGCUCGUGAAGGAACUAAACUCUGGGAAAAUCGACGCCGACGUUGACGUCUACGUCGCGCCUCCGUUCGUCUUCAUUCCUCGAGUGCAAAAGGAGCUCAACAACAAAAACUACGCCGUCGCCGCGCAGAACUGUUGGGUCUCCGCGGGUGGGGCGUUCACGGGUGAGGUGAGCGCGGAUAUGCUCGCCGACGCCGACAUUCCGUGGGUGAUUCUCGGGCACAGCGAACGCCGCGCGCUCUGCGGCGAGACGAACGAGUUCGUCGGGGAGAAGACCAAAUAUGCCUUGAGCAAGGGAUUGAAGGUUGCUUUGUGCAUCGGUGAGACGUUGGAACAGCGCGAAGCGGGCACGACUCUGGAUAUUUGCCGCGCGCAACUCAAGGCGGUGAACGACGUCGUGACCGCGGCGGACUGGGAAAACAUCGUCAUCGCGUACGAGCCCGUUUGGGCGAUCGGUACCGGCAAGGUCGCGACGCCGGACCAAGCGCAAGAAGUGCACGCGGGCAUUCGCAAGUGGUGCGCGGAUAAUAUUUCUCCGGCGAUUGCGUCGAAGAUUCGCAUUCAGUACGGCGGCAGCGUCAACGCCGGCAACUGCGACGAAUUAGCUCAGAAAGAGGACAUUGACGGCUUUCUCGUCGGCGGCGCGUCUUUGAUCGGCGAGGCUUUCGUGACGAUUUGCAACAGCGCCAAGCACUCUAAGUGA